AUGAAAGCUCAAGAUGAAAGUAAUUAUAACGACUUAUUUUUAGAACUAAAAAAUCAUCAAGAAGAUAAGAAUAAGACAAAAAAUAGAGAAGAAGUAUUGGAACCUUUGACAUGCGUUGCCACAUUAGAUGAUGAAAUAUCUUUAAAAGAGUCAAACAAAAAAAUACAAUACAAACCAAGUGAACUUUUAGAAGUAUUCAAAUCAAUUCCUAAACAUUAUUUAACAAAAGCAUCAUUACAAUUACCUAACUACUCAUUUUGGAGGAUACAUCAUCCAGGUUCCAACGUAAAAAGGUCGUCCAUGAAGACCAAGGAAGAAAAUACCUUAUCUACGAAAAAUGUGUCAAGAAAAAGCAGUCUUUGGAAUAAGAUGCCAGAGGAAGAAUAUAAAGUGGAUAAAAAUAUUUCAAUCAACCAGGACAGUUUAAAUGAUUAUGAAAAUACCUCCCCUACUUCAAUCUUUUCAAAGUUUUUCUCAAUCAGUUCAGGUUCAACUCAUUCUGGACAAUCAUCGAUAGAGACAUCACCAUUAAACUCACCUAGUUCGAACAUAUUUGAUGCCUCCAAUAGAGAAGAAUAUUUUCCGCAAUAUAUGGGGUUCAUUGAAAUGAACAAUGACAAACGAUUUACUAAUCCUUUUUUAAAUGAUAAUAAACAGCAGAACAUACCACAAGUCAGCUGGAAUAACGAAUGUUAUCCAAUGGCAUACAAUGGUGUCACAAAGUCCAGCAAGCAAUACUCAACAAACUUGAAUAAUAUGCCGAAUCACAUAUUUAAUAAUCCAGAAAACGUUAUAUAUCCUAAUAUGUUUCGAAGGAACUCUACUAACUCUAACCUAAUUCAAAAUACUUUCAAUCAGCAACCAAUAUCAACUAAUGCUAAUAAUUUCAGAUCCAAUGUCAAAAACAGAUCUUAUAGUAAUCCUGAAAAUAAUGUUUUUGAAAAUUUUUUCUGUUAUUAUCCUAACCCUUUUUUGCCUGACAAUAAACUUAAGUCAUAUCCAGUACUCGACGAAAAUAACCCUCCUGUCUAUUAUAAUAGGACUGAAAAGAAUGAUAUUAACUAUUAUCAAAGUGAACAGACCACAUUACCUAAUUCAAGUAUUAACAAAGCAAAUUAUGAGAAUCAGUAUUUUACCCAACCACACAUCUAA